CGUUGGUCAGGGAGGAGACUAGGGCUUUAACAUAUGGAUCCAUGUAUCACCUCUUUUAAUGCUCUUUCCCUUCUUCUUUUAUAUUUCACUCUAUUGUUUUCAUGUUGGAACUCUCCACAAUCGUCUCCGGUCAUCCACCUCUCCUCUCCUCUUUUCUUGUCUUUCCUUUCUCCUUCCUCUCUCUCUUCUUCCCUCUCUCUUUCAGCCUAUAAGUUACCCACGCUGUAUGUUGCAAUCCUCUCCUUGCUUGGCCUCCUGGUCCUCCUCUUGCUGGUGUGCCUGCUCUCCUGCCUGAUCAACGUGCGCCGUCGAGCGGAGAAGGCGAGGCAAAUUGCCUUCAUUGCCCAGCAUGCGGGCAAGGGGGAUGGAGACGCAUUCGUCAAGGUUGUUCAAGAGGCCUAUACACGGUUCGCUGAGGAGUCCACUUUGGCGUCUACGUGGGACAACAGCAAUGCUACAGAAAGCACUGAGGUCACUAUCAAGGGUCUAGAGGUAUCCAAAGCAGGCCGCUACCACACUCUCUCCUCGGACAAGAACUUCCUGGAGAUGAGCGACUCGGGGGUAGAGUUCAACUCUUCCGCCCUCCCGUUGGACAGCGAAUGCGAGACGGACAUACCCCAGACCUUUACCUCCCACAAGCUGCUUCUCAACAACUCUGACAGCGUGGCCGCCACCGUCAUCCCCGAGGGAGAACAAAGCGCCAACCGGACCCCCGACUCGGCCAUGAGCCCCAGCCCUGUGACCCAGGCCCGCUCUGAGGCCGAUGCCCCUGAAGAAAACCUGAUGGGUGUCAGCACUCCAGAGCCUGCUGAUAAAGCAAGCAGCCCAUUGGUUCCCAAUGCCACUGCAGAGAGCACCACCACCUGAGAGCUCCUGCACUUUAUUCCUAAAAGUCAGACACAAACCACCGGACACCCUGACUCUUCUGCCUCAAUUACUCCCCCCUCACACACACUACCCAAAUCCUGAUCACUGCUUUUUUAAACUAAAGCUACACAAAAACACUUGGUGUAAAAAUUGCCAAUCUAAAUGCACUAGACUUCCUAAAGAACAAAUACAAGACCCUAGCUCAUUAGAACACUUGAAUUCUGUGCAUAUGGGAAAUGCAUGUGUAAUGGAGUUAAGAACAUACCGUAAGCUCACUCCACAGCUACCUUGAAAUGUCGCGGAUGGAGCCAUCCAAUUGGUACCUUUAGGGUGGCUCAACCCGUUGGAAUGUUGUCAGAGGGCGGUCACGUGUGUUGUGUUGUGUUGUGAAGCAGAGGAUCACCGGUUCGAGCCCAGUAUGGGGCAGUCGGACAGUGGAGAACGCUAAACUGUUAGCAGCACACUGACCCCUGUUACACAUGUUUUUAAAUUAGACUUAAAGCCAGGAUUUAUCCUUAGCUGGGCCAAGAGGCAAUUGAUAGUAUUAAUGACUGCGUAGUGCAUGCAUGCUUAAGAACCACAGACACAGAGAUAAUAUCUAAGAUAACUUGGUGGACUAAGGGAAAGUGCAUUAUGAUAAUUGAUGAAAAUGCAUUAAGAUUACAAUGUCCAAAAGAAAUGAGCGCACACAGAUUUGAGUAAUAAUAUUAAAAAAAUCCUGUAAAAAUGAAUCCCAGAAUUCCUAUAAUGACAAAAAUGAUAACAUUUCUGACAGAGCUACAAUAUAUUUGAUCCAACUUUCUUAUUAGCAUUGAAUGUUCCUUCCACCGAUACUGUAUGUGGGGACACAGACAUGGCAGCAAAAAGUAUGACAUAGGGUAAUAGACCAACUUAAUUAUAUGAAUAACAUUGUAAUACUAGAUUAACAAAACCAAUAAAGACAACUUUAUUUUCUAAAAAAAUCUUGGUAAAUAACGCUUCUGACAACCAUAAACCCAGAGUAUCUGACAUAGGCCUACACCGCUACAAUUUCAUUACAUCCAGAGAGACACUAUUAACAGAAAGUACAGGCACGGCAGAAGGCUUUAACACCAACUCAGAGAAAGCGCUUGUCUCAGCAUAUAGCCUCUAUAGAAUAACAGAGUUGGAGAGCUAAAACCCCCAAGAUCUUCUUAGAUAAUUCUUGCUAACUGACACAAGCCUCGUAGAUUGAAUAACACCAUUCUAUGCAAGAAAGCUAGUAGUGUCCCUGGGUAUGUAACAAGGUGUCCAAUCUCUGCCACUUCCAGUAAAGUAAAUGUUUACUACAUCCCUCAUCUUGCAACACAAAUGACCCAGAACGAAUACAACGGCAACUUCACAUCAGGCCAUUCUGAACCCAUCCACAUAAGAGCAUGUUUCUCAUUACAACCCCAGCCACUGCAGAACAAGCCUUGGAACAGGGACUUCUAGAACUUCUCUGAUGGAUCGGACAUGACAAUGAUCUCUUUGGACGGGACCUGAACGUUUGGAUCGUUGCCCUUUAAUAAAGACAGACUCAAGAGUGAUAGUGGAAGAAUAAGGUGAUAAGGCAGACCUAUUGAGAAUGAAUGACCUGCAUGAUGUCACGUUCCUUUUUUCAUUACUAUUUUGCCUGACUCCACGGCCUAAAAUGAACUGAGUGCUGAAUUGAUAAAUGCUAACGAUUAAGCCAACUUUCCUGACAGACUGAAAACACAUUGCUUACUGAGAAUGGAGUACCAACAAAGCCAGCAAGUUAUUAAGAUUCAAUGCAUUUGCUGCUGCAUUCAUCACGGUCUUUAUGGGAGAAUGUUUGCGCAUUUCCUUUUAACACAAUAUGUACUGUCAGAUUCAUUUAUUUGAACUACACAUCCCACCCAGAAACUCUAAACUAAUAACAGUAGCUACUUCAUCUCAAUUCAGUACAGCAUUUUUUCUAACGCCUUGUAUUUCAGAUAGGUGAGGAUGCAUGACUAGAUGACAAUAAAGCGGCAAAGUCACAAUGCAAAACAGAACAUAAUUCUUAUCCAACUUCGUGAUUGCUGAACUGUUGAAAUUUCAAGAUUAUUGUAUUGUCUAAGUUCUAUUAGAAUUGUACUGUCAAAUAGGCCUAUAUCACGGAUCUAUUCAAUCUAUUCAUUCUGAACAGGAAAAACGCAGAACCAUUCAGAUAACAUCAGUGAGCGAUGUCUAUCUGUCCAUUUGCUGCAAAUAUACAUUACAAAGACAUCCAUCACCAGUCCAUUUGCUUCAGUAACAGCAUAUUAAUACACACCAUUCCACUAAGGAUUCUCACUGGUUUCAACUCUACUCCGAUCAGGUUCUGCAUAUUAUUAACAAGGGCAUUCUGUAUGUCGAUAAUUGGUGUGUGUAUAGAUGAUCAUGGUACAAAGGUCAAAACAAAGGUAAUGAAGGGGUGUAACGGUCCGAGGCAUUCUGGGAUAUGGCAUAGUUGUUGUUGGGGACAGCGUCUGCUAGCAAUAUCGCUACCUCGUGUUGUAACUGAUUUAGGAUGUCCGUGAGUGGUAUUCAAGGGAGUAAGGCAGACAUGAUUGAUGUCUGAAAGAAAAAGCACAAAUAUAAUAUGAGAAAAAGUUAAAUGAAUUGAAUUGCAAAUAAUAAUACCUGCAAAAUACAAGUAUUAUUCUACAUUCCUUUUUUUGGUUGAAAAUUAAGGUUAAAUUGUUUUUAAUGCAAAAUAUCUUAUGUGUAAAUUCAUCAUAUAUGAUGUAGCUACUUGAUUGUUGAUAUUCUAUCAGCUAUUAUCUUGGUUUUGUAGAGUAUUACAAUUUUAUAGAUUUGUGUUCAAUGGGUGCUGAAUUUGCACUGAUUAUUUAGAAUUGGAUUAGGAUGAAAUGACAACUUUGACUAAAGACAAUGUAAAAGCCACCUAAUCUUUAAAGCUAUCCCUUUCAUGUCAGGUAAGAAGCUACUGAAUCCAUGGUCUGGUGAGGUACAUUUGAACUCAUUCCUAUUUUAGCUAAUUGAAGGGGGAUUGAUUUCUGAUUGAAUCUUGAGCAAUAUCUGUGCUUUAGCACUGAAAUGUUGUAAAAAAACAAAAACAGAAAGAAAAAAAUCUACAAUUCUUACCUUACAAACAUUACCCAAAGCUCACUUUCAAGCACUCUUGUAUAUAGCCUAGAUAUAUUGCAUGUGUAUUGCCAAUACUGUUUCUUACUGCAAAGUUAUGCACGAUUUUAUAUCCCUGAGUUGGGUAAUUUAUCCUUUCACUAUGUUCACAGUAGUUACACUGAUACACAUAAUAUAGGAGAUGCCUUAGACUGAGUGAUUGAGGAGACAUAAUAGCAGUAAAAUGCCUAUUUUUCUCUCUCUUUCUCUUCUGCUCUCGUUUGCAUCACAUAUCAUCUACCUACAGUAUCACACGAUAGUAUCAGCACCUCAGAAUGUUUUUUGGAAAACGCUAGACAUGCUUGAACAUUUCAUAAGAACUCUUAGUAUCACGACUACUUUAACUAAUAUUACGCUUUUUUCUUCUUAUGCAGAUAACUGUUGUCAGCUAUAGUGUACCCAAAAACGACUGCCGCAUGUUGACCUGUAGAUUGCCUGUGAAACAGCAGGAAUACUGUAAUAUUUAAAUUGCACUGUAGAUCCUAUCCUUUUGGUGUCUGUUCAUGCAGUCAAGGAGGUAUUCUCAUUGUCAAUAUUAGUAUGGCUAAGACUGGAAUAAUGUACACGUCACCCGCAAAAGCCAUUACAAAAUCACCUCUGCAAUUUUCACAUCUACCAGUUUCUUUUUUUAGGUUCAUUGGAAUGGGUAUUAAAUGCUUAUGAUGUGAUGACUUAGGAAAUGUUUGUCUUGAAAAAAUACUAAGAAUAUAAGGGGAAAAACGUGUCAGAAUGCUAGAAUGGGAGGGCAUGUUUUUUGUAGACCUGCAUUAGAAGAGAACAAUGAUUAUAUUCUUAAUAUUGAUGUCAGCCAACAUGGUAUGCAAGCAAAUGGUCACCCAUGGCUGAGAGUAUGUCUUGGAGUGACUUUAUGCUAUAUACAGGUAAAGAAUGUGUGAUUUCGGCAACAAAGUAUGACCAUUCAUUACAAACAAGACUCAGUAGUAUUUAGUAUUCAGCAAUAUAUGUCCAGUUUACCUACUUCAGGGUUGAGUUCACAAGCCCAAAGUCUAUAGCUGAAUUCAGCUGAAUGUUAUACCUACCUGGCAGGUUUAUUUCAGGUACCUUGGUGGGAAAAGAUGUCAGAUUUAUUAAGGAAAACUGCUUCUGCAACUAUGAAAUGAUGCAUGCUAACGCUCGGUUGUUAUUAUUGCAUUUUAUUGUUUUGUUUCAUUCAAAUGAAUUACUUUCCAAACUCGCCUGUUAGGUUUAAGUCCAGAAUUCAUACUGUUGGCUCUCUAGCUAUAUUAUUAUUGACUUUUAUAAUACUUCACUAUCAUGUAUGAACAACUAUGCCCUUGUAUGCUAGAAUUAACAAUUUAGAAAAUGUUAUACUUUUGGCAUCAUGCACAGAAUUUUUACAAAUAUUUGUUUUCUGUAAUGAAUGAGCAAUGUCCAUUAAAGGAUUUUGAAGAGACA